CACUCUUUACAAAUCUGUCGAGUAAGCAACAUUAUGAUCGAAGAGCUCUACUGUAAUAUCACUAGAAAUACGCAUCAAAUCUGCAAGUCGGCUAAUACAAGACACGGCAUGGACAGCGUAUCGCAUCAUACAACUACAACAACGCCCACUUCCACAGCUAUUACCACUGCCAUGGCCACUUUUAACGCAGCAAAGAGACAUCGGGGCAUCGACUCUCUUGCCUGGCAGGGUUGUUCGUGUAGUCGCGACUCCGGCCCUGGUACAGGAGUGGAAGUAAACCCCGGAACUGCCUUGAAAGAUUUGAAAUUAUCUAUCGAUAUGGAUUUAGUCCGGAAGGCACAGAGUACUGAAGAAGAUCGACAAAUUAGGCGUCGCGAACAGAACAAAAUCGCUGCUGCUAAAUAUAGAAACAGAAAGCGAACAUCGAGCGAUGCUUUGAAUGAGGAAUCUAAACGAUUGCAAGAAGCUAACCUUGGCCUUCAAGAGAAGAUCAAAUCACUGGAACACCACAAGAAUUUUUUGGUUCGCUUGCUUGGUCAAGUCAAACCUAAUGUACAGUUUCCUUCAUUUUCGGGCGCCAUGAAGUUACUUUUCUAAGACCGGGAGUGAGAGCUCGAUGAUUUUGACUUUGACUACAUAUAGGUUAUCAGUGGAUCACGUGAGGUACACGUGGGUGAUCACAUGAUUUUCUUAUCAAUUUGGUUGAUUUAACACUUAGGAAAUCGGGGAGCUGCAGAAGGCAAACUCGGCGCUGAGGUCGAAACUUCAUCGUUUAGAGGACAGAAGAGAAUACUGGAUCCAGGCAAUCCGA